UUCGAGUCGCGCUCCGGCAAAGACUCGGCCGGCGCGCUUCCGACCCGAGCGGCGCCGCAGCCGCCUCGAUCUCCUCUUCACUUCUCUUCCCGAUUGCUACCACCGCAGGCCGUUCGCGCUCCCGGCCUCUCUCCGUACAUCGUGGUCGCGUGCGCGCGGCGCGAACACUGUGUGCGUGCGCUCGCGCGCGCGUGUGUGGUGCAUCGUCCGUUCCACGGAAAGUGUGCUUUCGCCCCCGCCUGUUUUCAUUUUUUGGUGCCGUUUAUUAUUUUUUUUUCUAAUUUGCAACCACUGUGAGAGAUCGGCUUGUUUCGUCACCUGCUAUCAGUGUUUCGCUCGCCAUAACCGUCGUGGUGGUCGUUGUCACCGUUGUUGCCUCACCACCGAAGAAGUCGUCGUCGCCGACCCGUGGACACAUUUGUCAAUCUACACCACGCCUUCGAAUCGCGCGCACUCGCAUUCUACCGGUGUGUAGCCCGGCAUGAUGGGACUGCGGAUCGCUCCGGUGGCGAAGCGAGCGAGGAAGACAUCGACGACAUCGGCUAAAGUCACCGCGCGAGGAUCCGCCGUUCCUUUUUCCCCGGCUGUCAACGACUGCGUUUCUCGUGGAAAAGUUUCUGCGACGACGUCAACUGCCGCGACGACUACGACGACGUUGAAGAAGAAAUCGGCCGCCCAUAAUAACGGCUUCCGUCGGCUGCACUCACUGUCGCCUCCUGCUCGGUGCUCGUUUGUGAUCUCGCGGUUCCCGUGCUCUCUCAUCGCCGUCGGCCACAACAGCGGCUCGUGCUCGUGCUUGUUCUUCCCUGUCGCGGCGGCGACGCCGGAUGUGCUACCUUCGACGACUGUGACCAGCGGCGCUGCAGCGUGGGAUUACUGCAAGUCCAUUCGCACGGGAUACCGAGGGCCGACAGCAAGUAACGCGCUGGCCAGACGGCGGACAUGACGUCGGAAGCCGCCUGCCGGCCGCCCAGCAGUGCCUUCAAGCUGAACGCCAUCUGCGAGAAGCUCGCCCGCAGCUCGGACCCGGAAGAUCUGGCUGCCGCCAUGGCAGCGGGCGGAGACGACGCCUGCGCCGACGAGGCGCCCGACGACCUGUGUUCGCCGCGGGCGCCGCCCCCUCCUCUCCGGGACCCAUCGGAAGAGGACGACCUCGAUGACGAUAGGCCGCAAGCUGCCUUGAACGGGGCCUUAACGGACGACAACUCGGACGACAACGAAGCGGACGACGACGCGCCGCAGGAACCCUUGGUCGCCGUCAGCACAGCCGCCACCUCCUCGAUGCCCACGGGCACUGCCUUCAGCGAAGUGCCUUGUCCCUGGCCGGACACUGAUAGUGCCUUGGACGGACGCAUGCGCAACAAGAGGAAGAACUUCCAGCCAAAGAACAUCGCCGCCGCCGUGUUCGCCGACUCGGACGAAGAAGACGAGGAGGAUGACGACGAGGACGAGCGGGAGGACGCCUCGCAGAGCACGCAGCCGCCGCCUCCUCUGCUACUGCCGUCGGUGGCGGACUCCGCCCAGGACGACGACGGCGACGACGAGGACGACGACGGCGCCCUCUCGCCCUCGGCGUGCUUCAAGGAAGCCGCCGCGUCCUCAGUGACGACGCCUCCUCCGCCAGUGCCGACAACUUGCUCGGAAAGUGGUGUUCCCGGCGCAGUUCGCGAGGAAGGACCCCUGGACCUCAGUGACUGUGGCUCGACGCGCCGCAAAUUGCAGCAGCCCGUCAAACGGGUGCUGUUCAACAGUAGCGCGAUAUCCGCGGAAGGCGGGGGCCUGGUUUUGCCGAGGCUCUCCAGCUUUUCAGAGGCCGUGGUGGACCUCAGUGGUGGUACUGGUGGUGGUGGUGGUGGGGGUCGCAGGAGCGAGGACGACGACGAUGAGGGGCCGACCUCCGCUGCGGAAGACGGCAGGUCGUCCGCGUCCUUGCCGUCUCCUCUGCGCCUGCAGGCGCCCUGUAACGAACCCCCUGUGACCGCGGGCGGUGGCUCGUCGCCUUUUGUUGGCGGCUCGCGGCAGCAUCACCUUCAUCAUCAUCAUCACCAUCAUCAUCAGCACCAACAGCUACCGCCUCAUCAGCAUCAGCAUCAACAGUCGCACCCACCGCAACAGCAGCAGCAACAGCAGCAGCAGCAGCAGCAGCAGCAGCAACAACCUCCAGUUCAACACCAUCAGCACCGAGCUGCUGACGCUAGCCUUAUGAAGGACUAUGCGGAAAACACGAUGAAGGAACUGUUGAGCAUGUACGGACUGCACGAUGUGGUCGAGUCGAUAACGAAGCACGUGCCUCUGCAUCACUUCUCCUCCGGCAAAAUCCUGGAGAGCAUGUCUCCGGGAGCGCUGCUGGGCACGCAAGCUUUUCUGCAAAACAUCGAAGCCGUCGCCAGAGCCAAAGAGCAGGCAGCGGUCGUGGCAGCAGCUGCGGCCGCCGCUUGUGCCACCAGCCAGCACCAGCAGUCCGGAGGAACGGGAACGGGAACAACGGUGGGAACGGGUGGUGGCGGUCCACCCGUGCUCGUGUCCUGCCUCGGCUCGACGGCACCCGGUCCAGGAGGUGCUCUGUCGGCGCCACCCCUGAGCCCGGCUUCUUCGAGCUGCGGCAGCACGGGGGCCUCCCUGACCGACGCGACCACGACGUUGUCCGGCCGCGGCGCUCUGCCCCCGCGACUGUCACCCGCGCCGGCGGCCCCGUGCUCGGCUGACGUCGUGGGCAACAAGGGGACCGUGUCGGCCGGGUCCAUUCACGGCGACGUGGCCAACAAGGCGCUGCAAAUGGCCGGCGCCGCGGCCCAGUCGCUACUCGGCAGUCACGCGCAGGCGAUGCUUCCUCAGGACAUGGCGACCACUCUGCUGACGCUGGCCACCCUGGGUGGCAAGAUGGCGCCCGAGGCGCUGAACAACACCCUCGCCGCUGGCGGCGUUCUGGCCAACGCUCCCGUCUCGUCAUCGUCUUCCAGCGGCGGUGGAAGCAGCCCGCUCGCAGCAGUGCCUACGAUGAGUCAUGCGGCCGGUCUCAUGAGCACUAACCUGGCCAACUGUCUGUCGGUGAAACUGGACCAGCCCAAGGUUCCGCCCAUCGACUACUCCCGCUACGUGCGCAGGUACUCCAGCGCGACCCAGUGUGGCAGCAAUUACUGCAAAGACCUCAACUACCGGGAGCACUUCCACUGCCUCGACUGCAACUCCAGGGUCUUUGUGAAGAAGGAGGAGAUGAUCCGGCACUUCAAGUGGCACAAGAAGCGAGACGAGUCCCUACAGCACGGCUUCCUCCGCUACAGUCCAAUGGACGACUGCUCGGAGAAGUUCCCCAACUGCGCCCACAACAGGAAGCAGACGCAUUACCAUUGUCUAAAGGAUAACUGUGACAAGGUGUAUAUCAGCACGUCAGACGUUCAAAUGCACGCCAACUACCAUCGUAAGGACUCGGCCAUCAUCCAGGAAGGCUUCCAGAGGUUCCGCGCAACCGAGGACUGUAACACUCCGACGUGCCUCUUCUACGGGCAGAGGACCACGCAUUUCCAUUGUCGCCGGCCAGGCUGCAAGACCACCUUCAAGAACAAGGCUGAUAUCGAGAAGCACAAGACGUACCACAUCAAGGACGAGCAGCUGAACAAGGACGGCUUCAAGAAGUUCAUGAAACACGAGCACUGCUCGUACGAGAACUGCAGGUUCUCGCGCAUCUGCAACCACAUCCACUGCAUCCGGCCGGGGUGCAGCUACGUGCUGCAUUCCAGCGGGCAGCUGUACUCCCACAAGCGCAAACACGAGCGCCAGGACACCGAGAUGGCCUACCGCAAGUUCAAGCUGGCCCAGAGUAUGCUCAAGAGCUACGGGCAGCCCGGCGACUUACCUCCCGGAAUCACCGCCGAACAGCUGGCCCUGUGCGAGCAGAGCUUGAGCAGCUCGCCCGUACAGAGCAUGUUCCCUGGCGGCGUACCCUCCGGAACGUCGCCACUUCAGCAGGGUGCCAACAUCGGCACCGCUACGCCCGUAACGACAGCGUCUGGAGGAGUAGGAAGCCUGGGCCCCGCCGCGGAUCCUAAGGGUCUAGUCGGCAACCACCACCACCACCACCAUCAGCAGCAGCAGCAGCAGCAACAGCAGGCGCUGUCGUUCGACGGCAGCAAGCAGCUCGGCAGCAUGGGCCUUAGCAGUAACGGCGGUAGCGGCUCGGCGCCGCAGCUCGGUGCGUCCGACGCGAGCCAGCAGCCCAAAGCGCACAACAUGCUCGACCCGGCGUUCCUGUCGGCGUUCCUGCCCAAUGCUUCGGGCGUGGGCGCCGCCAUGCACCCGGGUCUGGCGUUCAACUUUGCGACCAGUCAGGGCUUCGGCAGCAGCGCGAAAGAGGACGACGGCUGCGCGCCGCCGAGCAACGGUCAGCGGGCGCUCGACGCCGCCAGAGAUGCGGGAAAAGUGGAAGAGACCUGGCAGCGGUACAUGGUCAGGUACUCGCCAACGGAUCUAUGCCGACCCGAAUGCGAGUUUAUCUACCGCGAGCAUUAUCACUGCACCACCGACAACUGUUCCAUGGUUUUUCCUGGAAAAGAUAUUGGAGGAGUUCAAGAACAUGCAAAGAAUCAUGAGCAUCAGGAUCAGAUCACGCAGUGUUUCUACCACACUGUGGGAAAGAGCAUCGACGGAGAAUGCCCGCCUGAUUGCCCCUUCACAUUGAAGGAAAAGCACUACCAUUGCCAAUGGGACGGUUGCAGGGACAUUGUGAGCAGUACUGACAAGCCCUUUCGGCGGCUGGACCACUACAAGAUGCACGAGUACACGACCAAGUUGAGCAUGUCCAGGGACCAGUUCAGUGCCAUCCCAUCGGUGCCCAUAGACGGUGUCUUCAGGCGCAAGCGGGGACGGCCACCAAAGAACCGCAUGAUUGAGUUCCCACUCGGCCCAACUUCACCCCAGCUGUCGCAAGCCAUCUACGCGAGCUUUAAGCUUCCCAAGCCUGGAUCUAGUCAAAACAUGCCGACCCUCUUCCCACCGUUCCAAGGACCGGGCGGCACCGGUGGACUCCUAGGGAUGCCCGGCCCUUCCAGCAUGCCUCGCAUGCCGCUGGGCUCCGGUGGAAUGGACUUCACGGUCGAGAACCAGCAGGCAUUGCAGUUCUUGCAGCAGCAUCAGCACAUCCAGGAGAAGUUGCUGGAGCAGCAGGAGAAGCACUCUGCUGAACAGGCUGCUCUGAUGGCGAUCAAGGCCGAACCGAAGGAGCCGUCGGAGCCGGAGACGACAGCACCUCGCACCACGCCCACGCCGUCGCAGCCAACGACCAAUCCUGACGUACACGAGGGAUUCUUCAUCUUCCCUGAGAACAGCGUAUGUCCGGACAAUCUGUGUGCCUUCCUUGGUCAGCGGCACUUCCACUGCGUUCAGGCGCGGUGUCACUACGUCACAGACCGGGAAGACAUCCUCGUGCUGCAUUCCAAAGACUUCCACGACAACAUCGACAUCAUCGAGGGAUUUGUCUUCUACGACCGAAGCGUCGACUGCCGACUGCCCGGUUGCCACAGCAACAAGGUCAACAGGCACUUCCACUGCACGCGACCCAACUGCAACUACUCUUUCGUACGCUACUCGACCAUGAGUCUGCACGAACAGAAGCACAGCAGUCCUCAGCAGCAUCUCCAGCAGCAGCAGCCCAACAGCUCGCCCUUGCAAGAGGAAGAGGACGAAGGGCCCUCGCCUCCGAAAAAGAAGUCCUGCUCCAGCGACGACGACCGAACCGCUAGCCCGGCCGCUAGCGACAGCUCCCAGAAGACGGUCGUCAAGUCCGCCGGAACCUUCUACCCGCUGUCUGCGUUCACGAAUAGCGGCGGCAACAACAAUAACAGCGGCGUAGGCAAGACGGGCAACGACAACGGGAACCACAACGAGGACGAAGACGCGGAGAAGGAAAGGCUGCGCACGAGUCCGGCUUCGAGCACGGCCUCUUCGCUGCCCGAUACGGACCAGCAGCCGCUGAUGAAGCUCCUGAUGAAGCCGACCGCCGCUAACAUCCCGGUGGCCAACAUAAUCCCAGGCAUGGAGAGGCACAUCAUGUUCAGCGAGUGCCAGAGUUGCGGAAGACCCUUUUGCAAGAAGAAGAAGCGAGAGCACUUUCACUGCAACAUAUGUAAUCAGGCGUUCUCGAGCUUCUCUCGGCUUCGACUCCACGUGGGCAAGCACUCUGGUGCUCCAAGUCCCGUUCCCGUGUACCCCGACGGCCGCACCACACCUUUGUCCGGACAGUCUUCGCCGGUGUCCUCAACGGCGCAGGGAGACUCGGACGCUGAUGAAGAGCAAGAGGCAUCGGCGCCCGGGCGCACUGAUUCACCGUCCUCGAAGAGGUCAUCGCCCGACCCGAGGCCCCAGGGUCCUCCUCAGCUUGUGCCCCAGGGCUACCAACCUCCUACGAGCACCACGGCUAACAGCAACAACGAGGAUCAGCAGCAACAGCACCCGUUCUUCAACACGCCUCCCAAGCUGAGCCUACAGAACAUCCAGAACAUGCAGAAUAUGCAGAAUAUGCAGAACAUGCAGAACAUGCAGAACAUGCAAAAUAUGCAGCACAUGUUCUGGCCUCCCGUCUCGUCUCCCGGCAUGAUACCGGGCAUGGCGCCUCUCAACCCGGCGCUGCUGGGCCUGGGAGACAUGGCGGGCCAUCCCAACAUCGACCUCCAGCACUUGGCGCUCAUGUGUCCGUCGGGCGACAUGUUCUACAACUCGGCCAACCAGAUGAACGCUGCCGCCGCAGCCGCCGCAGCUGCAGCUGCCGCGGCCGCCGCGGCGUCCGACCAGAAGCGGCCCCUGUUCGGCAACUGCAAGGGCGACGAGCCGCUCACCAUGGUGAGCGAGGCGAAGCGCAUGAAGAUGCCCAGCCUACGCAUCCUCAAGGACGAGCCGGUGCCCGAGGGCUACGUGCGUUUCCGCUUCAACGAGGACUGCGGCUACCGGCACUGCGGCUACCGCGAGCACCAGACGCACUUCCACUGCACGCGCAAGGACUGCGGUUACAGCUUCUGCGACAAGACACGCUUCGUGCAGCACACGGCGCGCCACGAGCGACUCGACACGCUCAUGGGCGGCGACUUCCGCCAGUUCCGCGCCAACGUGCACUGCGGCCGCGCCGACUGCCCGCACGCCGCGAGCCAGGCGGCGGCCAACGGCCCGGGCGGCGUGGGUGGCGGCAGCAGCAACAAGGCGUCGCACUUCCACUGCCUCAAGUGCGACUUCGUGUGCACGGACACCAACAAGGUGGUCGCGCACCGCAGGCAGCACGCCAAGCUGGACAGCAUCAACGCCGCGGGCUUCGAGAAGUACACGCCCUCGCAGAACUGCGGCGUUGACAGCUGCAACUACAACGCGAAGCAGACGCACUACCACUGCCUCAAGUGCCAAUACGCGGUACUGGGCUUGUCGCAGAUGUCUUCGCACAAGUACCGCCACAUGGACUGAUUGACUGAUGGCGCUGACGGGCGCAGCGGUGUGCGUUGCGGCGUCCGUGACGCGCUGCGCGAGCCGGUCACGUGUACUCGGCACUUUUGUGGUGGUGGCUGAGAAGACUGUCCCCUGCGUAUACAUCUUCUUCCUCCUUGAGUGUGUGAGUGGGUGCGCCGGUGUUGGACGACGCCCGCGGUGCACGCUUGGGGACGAGCAAUUUUUUUUUUCCUGUCGCAAUGAACUGUAGGAGCCUAAGAAUGUAGAGGAUGCCAAGCAUUCUGACUUAAUAGUGAACACUUGUUCCCUGGGCCUGCUUUGCUCUUCCUUUUGAUGUUUUGUGCGCGUGUUGUGCAUCAAAAUGUGUUUUGGUGUCAUCGAGUAGGAUGGCGUUGUGUCAUCACAUUUGCAUUUGUUUUCUUUGUUUGUUUUGAGACCUUACGUCACACGGUUAUGUGUCACAAUACAGUCGAGGUCUUGGUCGAGUGUGUAUUUAAGCGUUCAACCCAUACGGUGAGCGAGCAAGAACAAAUGGACAACGUGGGCUGCGGUGUCUGUGACGUAGUGAACAACGUGUGCAAUGCUUGGAUUGUCGAGCCUCUCUCCUUUACUAUUUUUUUUUAAAUAUAUUUCUUCCACUAGGCAACAUGGUGGAAGUCUAGGCCCUCGGUACCGUUUGGUCGUGAGGUCAGUGUAUGCUGUUUACAGACUGCACAGCACGUAUAUAUACAUAUAUAUGUCAUGCAGUAUAAUUGAAAUAAGAUUAUGCACUAAAACAGAGGCAGUAAUUUUGUACAUUGCCAUUUUUUCCCUUUUCGCACGACAAGCUAGCUGUACGUACGUAUGCACAAUCUACAAAGCGGCUUUGUAGGCUUCCCGGUGCUUUAAUAUCAGCGCUGCUGUUCGUUCGUCAGUACACGCACGCAAAUUCUUUAUUAUUCUUGCACAUACCUGUAGGGCAACCAGCGCGGUGCGAGCAUUGUUUUAGCUAUGUGUUUAUGCCCCCGAGUGGUUGCGUGGUUCACUUUUCCAAUUUACUGGCGCCUUUUACUGAAUUAAGUAAUGCAAUUCUAAGCUUUCUUAUGGAAUGCGGGAUAUCAUGACUUGCACAAAAACAUUCUUUUGUCGCGCUAACAGGAAUUACGCAGUACUAGGAAUUUUCGCCCUUUCGAGAAAAAUGAAAAUUGUGUCGCUCGCUUAUGGUUGACAGUUUAUAUUGAGACUCGCCAUCUGCACUUGUAACAUUGACUCUAUGCAAGGAGACAAGAAUCCGGGCAAUAAGCAUUGUGAAAAGGCGUUCAUCCGCUCGCGUGUCAAGCAAAGUUAAUAUUGAAGUAGCAGUUUAUAUUAAGGAGGCGGGAUUUCUGACUUCUGGAUGACGGGAAAGGCAGCUGCGUAAUUUGCUGACGGCUUAGCUUGUAGGUACGUAAUGCGAAAGCAAAACGUGUCGAUGCAGUGGUAUGCACCAAUGUAUAUGUGUACAAAUCAUGUCACAGCGAAACGAAGCACUUAGAGUGUGAAUUGCUGUAGUCGAUGAAAGGACGGCAAAAGUGCAAAAGAGAAAGAAGCCUCUCAGAGGAAGCUGCUGUGGUUGCAUUUAUGAUAGAGCGUGGUUCAGGAAACCGUAUGACAUUUGACUGUAUCUGCACUUGUUGUCCAGUUCAUUUGCUUUGUCUGUUCCGUACACGAAAAAAAAAAGCAUAUUAGAUACUCUAUGCGUUGGAACACGCUUUCAUUACGCACCUGUGUUUCUGUGUCCGAAAGCGGCACCGUCGUGUGUAAACGAGGCUGCGCACUCUGACAACGUUUAUAAACAUCGUGUAGUAGUACGUCGUCGGUUAUAUCUGUAUUUAACUCAAAUUUCAAAUAUCAGCUCGUCUGUUUGCCUGUUUACCGUUGCAGGUCAACGUCACGCACUGCAACUGGCGCACUGUCAUCACGUGAGCUUCAUUUAUAGCGCAGGACUUUUUUUUUUCUUUCAAUCUCAUUGGUUAUUUCUAGAACAAGUUAGGCCCCUCACACUACAUAAUCGAGCUAACAAUUGUCCUAAACUGGAGAGACAAAGGCGACAUUUGGCCAGGCUGUCGGCAAUUUGUAUGUCUUUUUUUUUUUCUUUUUCGAAAGAGUUUUCACUACGUGAUCAUGGCAUCCAGUUUUGAGAGCCAUUUUCGUUACUCGUGAAUCGUUCGCGCGCUUUGCUUUCUCGGUUCUAUUUGUUUCAUUGUAGUCUUCUAGCACAUGGUAGCGAAUGCUACUUCAUUUGAUGAAAACUUCCGGUGAUCGCGUCUCCGAGGCGUUGCAGUGUACCAGUGCAGGCGCAGCAACACUCGACUGUAUGUCAGAGCAUUUCAGCCAGCGGCGGUAAAUUAUAUAACCCCCAUUCGUGUACAUAAAUUAUUUUUUUUCGUUCUUUUUAAGAGAAAGCCUGAACUCGUGGAUAACUCCAAUAUUCUUAUUCAAAUACAUGUGUAACGCAUGAGUGGCUCUCGUUAAACUACCGUCGAGCCGAUUUAAAUGAAUUUUCUAAGCAUUUAAAUGAAAGCGCUACAUGCUAGGGAUUGGCGUCAGCCGUUGCAGUUUUACUGGGUCCUCGAAUCUAUUUAAAAGUUUCAUAAACAUCGGCGCACCAAGUUCACAUCUUUUGGACUCCGCAAGAUGUGUCGCAUUGCAUUUCCGUAAACUGCAUUUAUUACACCAGCUGAAGCAAACAAAUGUGACGUGACUUAAUAUAAGCUUUAAAUAUAUGAAAAUGUUACCAAAUAUUGGAAACUAGUAGAAAGGAAGAUCCAAGCAAAAAUGUUGAUAGCUUCAUAAUUGCGCCAUAAAAAAUAUAUAUUUCGUUUCGAUUAGCUAUACCUUUCAAUGCAUCUAAAAUCGACGAAUCUGGCACGUUAUAGUUCCAAGUUUACGCAAAACCGUCGCUUCAUUUACGCGUGCUUGCAAAACUGCCGUUGGCAAAUUAUUCGUACAUCUUAAAGCAUCGUACAAUCCAUCAGUAUUGCCCGCUUUAGAUGCUCUAACGGAUGCAGAUAACAUCAUUGUUCUGCAUUUGAUUACUGCAAAUUCACAGACUUUGCGCUAUAACUAUUUUUUUACCUUUUUCCAACUAUUGGCCUGCAUUGAAAAAAUACCGAGGGCUUCAAUAACUAAAUCGCUCUCAACCUUUCGUUCUUAACUCUAACAAACUUCAUUUAAAUCAGCUCAGCGACUGCCCCAUGGCAGCCAUUGCGCGUUUCGCGUGUUUUUCGAUAUGGAGGCGCCCAAGUUUGUAGCUUACUCUUCUCGCCCGCUGUCUCAUUUUUUUAUUAUUAUUUUUUGUCCCGCUCCUCUGAGUGCCCCGCAGGAGUGAGUGUAGGGUGAAAUAUAAUCAACCCGGUGAUCGUACGCACGAGCCUGAACCGCUGCAGGGCAGAUAACUGCGCGUGUCCGCGUUAAUGAAACACGUCUUCCCGCCGAAUGUACAGAAAGAGCGCGGCUGGCUGGCCUUGGCGUCUAAAGACGAGUAGCCGGACGACAAAACUAUAUAUCGUCGUUCCUUCUCCGGGGUUUUCUUUUUCCGCGAGCUGCCGAGGCAGGAGAGAGAGAGAGAGAAAAACCCAGCAUUAUUUUUCUAGGGAGAGAUUAACAGCCUGUCGCAAUACAGGAACCAAUUCUGUGCCCAUUUCUCCUUUACUCCCUUCCCUUUUUUUUUUCUUCAAGCUUGUACAUACCAUAAAUAUAGCAGCAGGCGCAGGGCACGCGUUGCGACCUACAGCGGUCAGAUAAGCUAUGCAUACUACUUGCCCCUUCCCCCUAACCACCGUUUAUUGGAUUUCAGUGUCGUGGUACAGCCCAGCCACACGUUUUUCGUUUUUUUUUUUUUUAAUGUUUCCUUAGGUUCCUUCAGUGUACUUUGUCGUUUUUAUGAAUGGGUAGCCCACAUUUAUCUCUUGUUCUCUUCCUAUUUUGUUCCUGUACGAUAUACUUAACCGAACAGCGUCUGUGCCCAAACUUUGGUUUUUGUUUCGUUAUUUUUUCUUUCUGCGAAGGGGCUUUCGUGUUGCUGGCUUCCCGGCAGUUGGGAAACAUUUUGCUUCCGUUGUGUCAAGAUGGCGUGAAUGCAUGCAACUUUGUAAGCUUAACUUUGUCUCGACGCAAUUUUUUUUUUUUUUUCUGUUGUCUAGACUUUACAUAAAGUUGCUCAUAAAUAUGCUCCGAGCAAGUCUUAUCGGUGCACACUGAUUGAUUGAUUGAUCUGUCGUAAAAAAAACAAGGAAGUGGAUUUAGUGUUGCAGUAUCUGCAGACAUUUGCCCCACCUUUAGCAACAGAUUCGAUUUUUUUUCCAAAUAAGGAACUGUCACUGACGCCGUUAAAUGUUUUCGAUAUGUUCUGGCAUCGAUUUUACUUUUAUUUGCAUGCUUGCCUGCAACAUUGUGGCACGCGGAAGCCCUGUCAACGCUGCAAAAUGAUGCGCCCCGUUAAAAUUCACGCAACUGACGCUUUGACCAAAUGUUCAAUCAACGCUGCCACAGUAGCUGUUCCUCUCGCAUUGUUCACUCUUUUUCGUGAUCUUGAGUUCGCACGUGUCGACUAGCAUGCCUCAAGGCAGAGAGGAGCGAACUUAUUUAAGCUGCUUUCCAAAGGCCUUCUUAUUGUUUCGUUUUUUUCCCCUUACUUUUGUUCUCUCUCAUCUUUGCUUUCUUUCUUUCCUUUCUUUUUUUUUUUUGUCGACUUUUUGUUUCCCUCCUUCUUCGUCUCGUCCUGCACAAAUGUUAUUUAAUAUCGAGACUGUUCAGCGUGUGUGCCUCUUGUACAUAGAGGGAUGUGAUCACGAUUUUUAAUAGUGCUGUGUGUGCCUUACAUUUGAGAUCCCCAAAUUUCCCCCCUUAUCCUGUCUCCCAUUUCCGCAAAAUAAAGGAUGUGAUAGAAACAUACAA